AUGGAGAGGUUCGUCUCAGGCCGUGCCUGGCGAUCUCGGCAGGAGCUUUAUACCGCCGUGAAGGACUGGCGCCCAAAGCUUCUCCAGGGCUUCUCGAAGGAGCCGGUCGAACGAGUUUGCUGGAAAAAGAUCUUGGGCCGCCCACCUAUAUGGGGCGAAGAGAUGCAAGACGCUCAUCGCCGCUACGCGAGGAGAUUCUUGACCUACUUGAGCCGGGGUCGGCGAGCCCAGAAGAACAUGAUCCUGGUAUCCCACGGCAUCAUGGUGCAGACCUGCCUGAAGGUGCUGCCGAGCACCUCCGGGAGGGGUGUGGCAUCAAUCCCUUACUGCGGCGGGCUUAUGGCGAAUCUAUGCCAGAUCUCGAAGCAGGCGGCCGGCACUGAAAUGGACGACGACGCAGCCCACUUUGUUGCAGACUCGAGCUCGCCGCAGAAUCCGGUGCCAGCGGGGGAUUGGCCUGAAAGGGCCACCGAGAGGACCAGCACCGGAAACGAACACAUCGAACAAGCGCAGCUUCACGGAUGGGACGUUCAGCCCCUGGGGGUGUCUUUCGAGUCCACGGACGACACGCCGAAGACACGCGCGAGCUCGGCGAAGCGAUACCAGGAUCUACUGGCAAGGCUGAAAGCUGGCAGCUUUUCCUGGGCUCAGCUGCAGCUGCUGCUUGGACAGCUGCCAGCCGAGCUGCCGACACACGCCUUCCAGCCAACCGGCACGGCCGACCUCAGCGACACUGCCACGCAGGUCUCCAUGGAGCUCUUCAGGAGCCCUCCGAAGUUUGUUCCUUUGUCU